GGUAGUUGGAAAUCUCCUUGAAACUUCGAAGAAAAUUGUUUCCUCAAACUAAAGUACUGUUCAAAUCUUGUAUAAAUUGUGGUCAGAUCGCAGACCCGUGUUUUUGCAAAAUACAAGUUCUAUUUCCUUUCCUAUGUUGUCUUCUGGCUCUUUCUUCUUUGUGUUCUGUUGCGAAUUUCAUCAGUUUUCAAUAAUCUGAAAAUUUACUGCAUACUUUAUUAUCCCCAGAAAAAAAAAAAAAGCUAUGGAUGAGAGGAUGAUAGAGGCUGCACAAACAGGAGAUAUUGACCUCUUGUAUGAGUUAAUUCAGAAUGAUCCAUAUGUUUUACAGCGUAUUGAUGAUGUGCCCUUUUUCCAUACUCCAUUGCAUGUAGCAACCGCUGCUGAACGUGUUGAUUUUAUGAUGGAGAUGAUCAACCUAAAGCCAUCGUUUGCAAGAAAGCUAAACCAAGCCGGGUUUAGCCCCAUGCACUUGGCUCUGCAAGAUAACAGAACCCAAGCAGUGCGUUAACUCCUCAAGUUUGACGAAGGCCUUGUUCGUGUCAAAGGGAGGGAGGGUUUCACUCCUCUGCACCAUGUGGUUCAAACUGGAAAUGUUGAUCUUUUGAUCAAGUUCCUUAAGGUUUGUCCUGAGGCAAUUGAAGAUGUGACUGUUCGAGAUGAGACGGUAUUCCAUCUUGCUGUGAAAAACGACAUGUUUGAAGCUUUCCAAGUGUUGGUGGGGUGGCUCCUAAGAAGCCGCCAUGAGUCUGCCGAACGUUGGGAGAAAGAACUACUGAGUUGGGCAGACAUUAAUGGCAAUACUGUGCUACACAUUGCAGCUAUCAGAAACAGACCUCGGGUGGUAGAAGUAUUGCUGGAACACUUGCAUCGAUUCCAAAUCAAUGCCAAAAAUUUGGAGGGACUGACAGCACUAGAUAUCCAAUCACAAUACCCAUGGAAUGAAAGGCAAGCGGAUAGGUUUAUAGAUAUGCUAAGCAAAGCAGGAGGUUUGUGUGCUUCCCCUUCCUCGAUUCCCAAUACCUCCAUCCCUUCAUUCGACGACAUCAAAUCUUUAAAAAAAAAUAUGACAUGGGUUGAAAAAUGUAAAACCAGAGCAGGUCGUGGAAAGAAGGGUAUGCCAUAUGAGAUGCGUAACACAUUUCUAGUAGUGACAGUGCUAAUUAUAACAACCACUUACGAGGCCUCUUUGAACCCUCCAAAUAAGCCUGAUGACAGCUCAGCCGUUAAUUACCAAGUCUCUUUAAGUCAAGAUCAGCCUCUCAAUUCCCACAUAUUUUUGCAUAAAACCGACAUCAAUACUGCACCCAUACCCAGUCCCUUCGCCGUGGACAUUUCCAAAGAAGAUGAUUGGACAUUUGAAACCUCCUCGUUUUGGUUAUAUAAUACUUUGACCUUUUCGGCCGCAGUGUUUUUAACAGCACUUCUCCUACCAGGUCAUCCAUUCUCUUCGUUGAUUCUCCUAACACUUGGCUUCUUCGGAAGUUCUUACAUGAUUUUAUUUGAGGUUUCCUCAUGGUCAUGGGAACAUUCAUUUAAGUUUUCCAAUAAACAGGCAUACUUUUUAUAUGGUGCAGCCAUCGUUUGUAAUAUUGUCUCCCGGUUAUUGCUCGUUUCAUUUGUAUUACACCAGUCACUGUUCUAUAAUUUCAGGAGGGUAAACAUUAAUCCAAAAAUCUUCAUCCUCCUACUAAUCGUUGCCAUUGGGUACAUGGUUUUUACGAGUUGUCCAGCUUAGUGGGUCCGUCUAAUCUAAACUCCGAAACCGUAACGAAGUUUUCCGGUUUGUAUUGGUAAUGGCCAUCGACAAAGAAGUUUGGUGAAUGUACCAGUUCAUUCCGUUGAUAAAGAAGUUUAUCUUAAGUUUAGAUUAA